UUGAGCUGAUGAAUAUUGAUGAAUAUUUUAAUGGGAAAAUCUUAAGAUUGCAAAAAUUUCACCCAUGGAGGCUGAAAAAACAGAAGAGACCACCUAAACGAAACCCUAUCACCGUGUCCCUUCUCACCCUUACAUGGCAGACAGCAACAAAUCUCGACAUCUCCUUGUAUCAUUUUCAACAGUUUUAUCUCUUUACCCUUCAUCCGCCUAUAAAUUCCUUCUCACCCUUUUUCUCUUUCUCUUUCUCUUUCUACUUUCUUUCUCUCUUCUUCUUCAUCCCAACACUUCAACGCUCUCUUUCCCUCCUCUGUUUCUGCUGCACCUUCAAUCAACCUAGAUGAAGAUCCAGUGCGAUGUCUGUAACAAGAAUGAAGCCUCCGUAUUCUGCACUGCAGACGAGGCUGCUCUCUGUGAUUCCUGUGACUACCGUGUCCAUCAUGCCAACAAGCUUGCUUCUAAGCACCAGCGAUUUUCACUUAUCCAUCCUUCUGCUAAGGAGUUCCCUCUCUGUGAUGUCUGCCAGGAGAGACGAGCCUUGUUAUUCUGUCAACAGGACAGGGCAACUCUGUGCAGAGACUGUGAUAUGCCAAUUCAUACCGCUAAUGAGCUUACCAAGAAGCAUGACAGGUUUCUUUUUACGGGGAUUAAACUCUCCCCUACUGCUUCUCUCUACAUGUCUUCUUCCUCAUCAGCGUCUGUAACCAACGGCGGGGAUCCUGUUCCUGCUCCUCUUGCCAAGAAAAAAGUAUCAGUUGCUCCUGCAAAUUCAAACCCAUCUUCAUGUUCCAAAACUUCGAUUACCAUGAACAAAGCUGGUAAUAAUCUGUUAGCAGGCCAAGGAGGUGGUUCAACAAUAUCAGAAUAUUUGAUAGAGAUGCUACCUGGGUGGCAUGUGGAAGACUUACUUGAUUCCGAUUUGGGUUUCUCUAAGAGUGAUGAUGGCGUGUUGCCUUUUGUGGACUCUGAUUUUGACAGUGAUAUGAACUAUUUUACGUCAGAGAAUUUGGGGAUUUGGGUUCCUCAGGCGCAACCUCCUUUACAUCCCAGUCAAGAGGUUGGAAUAAAGGAGACAAAAGAGAGUACAAACGAAAAAGUUAACAGAUGGAGAGAUGAUGGUUUUACUGUGCCACAGAUCAGUCCUCCAGCUACUGGUUCAAAGAGAUCAAGACUAUUGUGGUAGAACCAGAUAAUUUUUGAAAUUUUAGAUUCAAAUUCUAAUCUUGAUAUGGGUUUUCCUUUUCUUUUGAGUUGUUUUGUUGGGAGUUUUUUGUGUAUUUUGAAGUUGGGUUAAGCUUGCUGUUUCU